CUUUUUUUUUUUUUUUUUCUCUCUCUCUCUCACUCUCACUCUCACUCUCGCUCUCGUUCCACCUCCAUCUCCCUCACCUGAAACCAUAGCCUCCAUAUAUCUCUCUCUCGCCUCUCUAUCUCUCUGUUUCCCACCGAGGCCGCACUACCGCAUCACUGCACCAUCACCGAAGCCCCCCCUCUCUCCGGCGAGCCUCCUCUGACGCGCGCUUUUCCGGCGAUAUCUCAGGCCAAAUCUCGGCCCUUUGCUCUCGAUCUCUCUCUUCUUCUCUCGGCUUCGCCUUCUCCGGCCGAUUCUCGGCCAAGGAGAACGCGGUUGUCCUCUCGCCGCCGGCCACCUCUGCAACCUUCAAGCCGUCUUCUCCGGCCACUUGUUGGCCGAAAUCCUCUCCCGGGUCUCAUCCCUCCUUCGCUCCUCUUCUCUCAUCUCUCGGCGCAGCUACUGAGGAAAGGAGAAGAUCAGUGAUUCAAUGGCGGGAAUUUUGAAGCCGCCGGGUGCUUUUGCCAUAACACCACACAAAGUUUCAGUCUGCAUCCUUUUACAGAUCUACGCGCCUCCCGCUCAAAUUUCGGUGCCGUUCCCCUUUUCAUCAGUUUCUCAGCACAAUCGUCUCGGCUUGUUCUUGUUGGCACUCACAAAGUGCUGUGAUGAUAUUUUGGAGCCUAAACUGGAUGUACUUAUUAUUCAAUUGAGGGAAAUUUGCGGCUUAUUAAAUCGUUGGUUAAGCGAACAUUUAUCUAGUAGGCUAUCAUCAUUAUCAUCUCCUGAUGACCUGUUUAACUUUUUCAGUGAUUUGCGAGGCAUCCUUGGGGGCCCUGAUUCAAGUUUUGUAGAUGACGACCAGAUCAUUUUGGAUCCCACUAGCAACCUAGGAAUAUUUGUUCGCCGUUGCUUGCUUGCCUUCAAUCUUUUAUCAUUUGAGGGCGUGUGUCAUCUUUUAUCAAAUAUAGGGAUGUAUUGUAAAGAAGCCCUCUCAAAUCUUCCUCCUUAUGAGUUGCCUUGUUCAGAUGAUGCUACCAAUGAUCUAGAAGCAUUAUCAGAAUAUGAAAACAUGGAUUUGGAGAAUUUUGUUUUUGAGAAAGUUACGGAAGAAAUUGAAGCGAACAAAAAGGCCAGUGGAGGAGUUCCAUUUCAUAAUCAUGCACCAAAAGUACUUUUUGGACUUAUUGACGAUAUUGAGGUUUCCGCUGGCCAGAAACUCACUCAGAGUGACAAACCUAGAGGUGUUAGUGCAAUUGCAAACCCUCCAACUGAUGCAUUGAGAGGCUUGGAUCACCCUGGAGGAUUUUUCCUAUGUACAAACUGGCAGAUACAAGGAUACUUGAUUGAGAAAGCCGAUGCAAUUGAAAAGCAUGGCAGCUCAGUUCCUUUAAAUGCUUUUGAGUAUAUCUUAAAGCAGCUUUUAAAAAUGGCACCAGAGCUGCAUCGUGUUCACUUCUUGCGUUACUUGAACAACCUCUAUCAUGACGAUUAUCCUGCUGCUUUAGAGAAUCUCCACCGUUAUUUUGAUUACAGUGCAGGGACUGAAGGAUUUGAGUUUGUGCCCCAUUCUUCUUCCUGCUGCAAUAGCUUCGGAAGAUACGAAAUUGCUUUAUUAUGUCUAGGGAUAAUGCAUUUUCAUUUUGGGCACUCUAAGCAAGCUUUGGAGGUUUUAACUGAAGCAGUCCAGGUUUCUCAACAGCACAAUGAUGAUACUUGCCUUGCAUACACUUUAGCAGCCAUCUGCAACUUGUUAUCUGAAGUUGGUAUCUCAAACACAAUGGGAAUUCUUGGAUCGUCAUAUUCAAGUGCGACAUGUAUAGGAACUUCACUGUCCAUUCAGCAACAAUUAUUUGUGCUAUUAAAAAGGUCCUUAAAAAGAGCAGAGAGUUUGAAGUUAAAGCGGUUGGUGGCAUCCAAUCAUCUUGCCAUGGCUAAAUUUGAUUUAAUGCAUGUCCAGCGGCCCUUGCUAUCAUUUGGUCCCAAAGCUUUCAUGAACCUUAAAACAUGUCCAGCUAAUGUUUGUAAGGAAUUGAGAUUCAUUUCUCAUCUAAUUUGUGAAUUUGGCGCUGAAAGUUCAUUAAUGACAACUGAUGGUGCUUUCAGUACUGCAUGGCUUAAGAAUUUGGAAAAGCCAAUGGGUUCAUUAGUUUUCUCUCAAGAAAAUGGAUCUGGAAGCAAUUCUGAUGCUUCACAUUUCUGUGCACAACCUACAUCUAUCCCUGGGUCUAUAUUGCAACUGGUGGGUUCCUCAUACUUGGUUCGUGCCACAGCGUGGGAGCUAUAUGGCAGUGCCCCUCUUGCUCGAGUAAAUGCACUGGUUUAUGCAACUUGCUUUGCUGACUCGUCUAGUUCUGCAGACAUUGCAUUGGCAUAUGCCAAGCUUAUCCAACAUUUAGCAGUUUUUAAAGGAUACAAAGAAGCCUUUGCUGCUCUUAAAAUGGCAGAAGAAAAGUUCUUAUCCAUUUCAAAGUCACGAAUCCUGCUACUAAAACUUCAGUUGCUUCAUGAACGUGCUUUGCAUAGGGGGCACCUGAAACUAGCUCAACAAUUAUGUGAUGAGCUUGGAGUUUUGGCGUCUCCUGUAACUGGUGUGGACAUGGAGCUGAAGACAGAAUCAAGCCUUCGCCAUGCUCGGACAUUGCUUGCCGCAAACCAGUUUAGCCAGGCAGCAGCUGUCGCACACUCCCUCUUCUGCGUGUGCUACAAAUUCAAUCUGCAGGUUCAGAAUGCUACUGUUCUUCUCUUACUUGCUGAGAUCCACAAGAAGUCGGGCAAUGCUGUUUUAGGAAUUCCCUAUGCAUUAGCAAGCCUUUCAUAUUGCCAGUCGUUUAACUUGGAUCUUCUCAAAGCCUCGGCUAUGCUAACACUUUCUGAGUUGUGGCUCUCACUUGGAUCAAACCAUGCAAAACGGGCUUUAACCCUUGUACAUGGUGCUUUCCCAAUGAUUCUUAGUCAUGGAGGUUUGGAGCUUCGUGCUCGGGCCUACAUUGCAGAAGCAAAAUGUUACCUAUCUGACCCAAGCUUUUCAGUUCCUGCAGAUCCUGAGAUUGUGCUGGCUCCUUUAAGGCAAGCUUCUGAAGAGCUUCAAGUUCUUGAGUAUCAUGAAAUGGUGGCUGAAGCUUUCUACUUGAUGGCCAUUGUAUUUGACAAGCUGGGGCGGUUUGAGGAAAGGGAAGAAGCUGCAGCUUCGUUCAAGCAGCACGUGACAGCAACUGAAAAUCCUCAAGAAAAGGAAGAUCCCUUAGUCACUUUGUUGUAAAGAAACUGCAGAUGUACUUUCAUGUAAACAAUGUCAUUCUAAUAGGCUGUCUUUACUCAGACACGGAUCAAAUUCUUGGAAUAAUCAAGAAUUUAGAAGAAUAUGGUUAAACUAUUGCGAUCGUCUGUAAAAUUUGAAAACAGGACUUUAUUGUUCUUAAGGUUUAUAAAUAAGCUGUCUAGCAUAAGAAAGUGGUUUAUUGUC